AAAGUAGAAAUGGCGGGCUGAGCGUCCAAUUUCGCUUCGCAUUCAAACUCUCUCUCUCUCUCUCUCUCUCUCUCUCACUCAUUCUCUUUCUCUCUCCACAAAUGCAGAGCAAAGUGGAGCAAUCUGCACGGACCAAAAUGCAGGAGCUGCGAUUGAUCUGUGACAAGGAGAUUCCGAUUCAGCAGCAGAAAAUUGACUCCGCGGUGCUUUCGUUUCGGAGAUCUCUGGAGACGCUCCAGUCCAAAGCACAUAAAACGGUCGAAAAUCAAGUAAAACUAGGAAAGCUUAAAGCUCAAUUAAGAGAGAUGGAGGAUGAUUUGGUGAAAGCUCUAGCAGUGAAGACACGUAAAGAGGCCAAGAAGAUGGCUAUAAUGGACUCAAUUUCUGCUACAAAGGCUAAAAUAGAAGAGCUUAAGAGAAUUGUUGAAGAGCACAAAGCUAGAAAAGAUCAAUGUGCAGCAAUAAUAUCUCAACAAGAUAUAGCUUUGGCAACAUAUGAAGGAAAGGGUGACCAAGUCACUGGACGUAGAGAAGAAAUACAAGAGGCCAUUGCUUGGUACAAUGAGGUCCUUGGUUUUCAAAUUGAAGGUGGACAUGGAGUUAAAUUCAUAUUCACCAACAUCAACUCGAAAAACCCAAGUGAGGAGUAUUCUUUCACCAUCCGCCAUGCAAACGAUACUUACACCUUACUGGAUUGCAGUCCACACUUGAAUGACAUCAAAGAGUUAAUCCAUGAGUUGAAUAGAACGAAUGGUUUAUUCAAAUUUGUCAGAAUUAUGAGAGAGAAGUUCCAAAAAGCUGCUGAAUUUGGAGUUCUGCCUCAAUUUACACCUCUUCAUCAACACUCUUCCACAAUCUCCAUUUCUGCUCCAGUUUCUUCAGUUUCAACUGAUAAUAGAGAUGAAUCUCCAGCUGAGAAAAAUGAGCUUCAAAUUAAACAUGAACGAACCAACUGGCAUUCUGAGAAAGCUAUUCAUGAAGGGGGUAGACAUGCAUUUCUGUCUCCUGGAUCUGCAUUAUCUCUUCGUCGAUCCCCUCGAUUUCAGGUUAGAAAAUGAAGAUGGAGUGGUGGGUGUUAUGUCACCUGCAAUCCCAUCACCUGCAACUGACCCGGACAAACCAUCACCCGUCAGACACGGCAGCCUUACCAUUUUGGUAGCACUUCUGAAUUUUGAUAGGCUUAUACUGGGGUUGAAAUGUAAGGGUGAUAAUCCCAGUAACUGUUAACUGUUAGUGAAGCUUGUAGUUCCUUUGUAUCCAUCUAAUCAAUAGGGCUUCAAGCUGUGGUAUUCAAUUUAAUCAUUUGGUGUAAAUGUGGAAAAGGUACUCUCCUGCUAUGAGAGUGGAUGGAUGGAAUAGGCCUGGUUUCAUACUGGUAGCUGUUGUCAUUUAUGAGUGUAACUGCCUUUGCACCACAUCAUUUUAUUGGGGGCUACGUCCA